AUGUGGCACACUCAGCAGCCAGGCGGCGGGCCCGUCACCUUUGCCCCCCAUGCCCAGUUCACCAUGCCCCCUUCCAACAACGACGAGACCACCAACGGUCUUGGAUUCGACCCGGGAAACCCCGCAGACUUCGCCAGCCUAACCCAGUACGACCUUAACUUUGUCGCCACUGCAGGGCAGCAGCCCCAACAUGCGUUCCCCCUCGCAAUCCCCCAGCCUCCCCGCCCCGCCCUUGCCUUGGACACUACCGGUCAGUCCUUCCAGUACCCUCAGCACGCGACGCCGUCGUCGCUGUCGAGCGCACAUGGACUUGACCUUUCUACCGGCACCGACGUCGACCGCGUCUUCCAGCCCAACAUGUUCUACAGCCCAGUCCCUACCGACUUCGCAAUGCCCCAACCGGUGGCCCCGCCGUACUACUACCCUGGCACAAUAUCGCCCUCGCAACUCCCGCACCAGAUGCUCAAGCCGACCAAGAGCUUUAGCGACCUCAUCCUCGAGAGCCGUCAGUCGUCCCUGUCGGCUAGCUCAACCGAGCACGAGUGGAACGGCAGCGGUGGCCUCGAGGACCUCUCGAUGCCUCUUCAGCGUGCACUAGUUAUGGAGCAGCAGCAACCAACCCUGCAGCAGCAGCAUCAGGCCCACCAGACCGCGCUUCAGCAGCAGAUGUCGGUGCCUCGCCCUCUCCAGCAGCCCGUUGAUCUCUCGACCCUGUCGGACCCCCAGCGUGGUGCUUUGAUCAACCAGGCCCUUAGGCAGUACAUUGCUGCCCCCAACCGUCUCGCCCUUGGUGAGCGCAAGAUCAUCAUCAUGUCGCCCAAGGUUGGCCAGAAGAGCUACGGAACCGAGAAGCGCUUCCUGUGUCCCCACCCUCAGGCUACCCUGGUCGGCAAGGCUUGGUUCACGCCCAGCAAGGACGACUGCCCCGUCUCGCCGCUCCUUCCCCCUCGUGUCAACAUCAGCCUCUCUGGCGAGGCGACUGUCAAGGAUGCCCACGUCUCGUGGACCACUCUCGACAACAAGUCGCUCGACGAGAAGAUUCACACCCAGGCCAUUACCGAGGAGGACAAGCCCUUCCUCGGCAACGUUGCAGGCAAGAACCUCCACAUUUCGGACAAUGAUGGCAAGCGCCGCGAAGUCAAGGCCAUUGUUACUGUCAAGGCACCCCUGAUCCACCACGCCGGUCCGCACGGCUGGGGCCCUGCCAAGGGUACAAUGCCCGACAUUAGCAACGAGCAGGCGAUUGGCGUCUUUGAGAGCAAGGAGAUCAAGGUCAUCUCCAAGCCUAGCAAGAAGAAGUCGAACAGCAAGUCGGCUGAGCUCAUUAUCCAGCAUGGCUCAACCAUUGCACUCUUUAACCGUGUCAAGUCUCAAACAUCGUCGACGCGUUACCUCUCGGUUCCCACCGACCUGACGCGCUACGUGGGUUCGGACCGUCUCCCCGUGACUGGAUCCGUCCCGCCCAAGGUUCCCACGUCGGAGAGCAUUUUCGGUAGCUUCACGGUUGACCCGAGUGUUUGGGAGUCGUUCAUCAUCUACCUUGUCGACCCUACCAAGCCUGUGCUACCCACCAACAUUGCCCCUCCUCACCCCGACUGGCCCAGCCCUCCCAGCAACGUCAUCUCCACCCUCUUGGCACCCAGCAUCCGUUACAACUCGACCGUUGUCCUUCAGUCGCUCCAGACUGGCAGGUGUUCGCCCAUCCUCGUCAUUCGCCGCGGUGAGGAGGGUUCCGACGUUGUGGGCAUGGACGGCACGUCUACGGAGGCUGCCAUCGCUUGCCCUGAGGGCGAGCUCCCUGGUCACCCCGUCUCUCAGCUCCAAAAGGUGGCCUUUGAGGUCUACCAGCACGACUCUCGCCAGCAGGUCGGCCGUGACCCCAGCUACGGCGGCUUGUGGCUGUCAUGCGACCAGGAGACUGUUCGCGAGCAGUUUGUCAACGCCGAGCGUCGCUGGAACCCUCUCCCAACCCAGACCAGGGGUGGCGGUUCGCGUCCUUCGAGCAUGCCCAACACGCCUCAGACGAGGUUCGGUGUCCUGCCCAUGACGCCUCAUACGGCGACUGUUGGUCUCCCUUCGAACCCACCCAGCCCCAUCUCGUCCGCCUCGUCGACCGACUACUUUGGCAACCACAGCCGCAAGUCGUCUUCUUCCGCCCUCUUCUCGCCCCUCUCCAACGAGAUUGCCCUUCCUUCGACCGACGGUGGCCCUGUUCGUCGCCAGCGCACUGGCUCCACCAGCCGCGGCCCUCUUCAGCGCCCGCCGUCGAUGCACAAGAAGCGUACUUCGUCGGUCGACAUCACUCAGGCUGGCUCGUACGAUUACAUGCCCAACGCCCUCAUGGCCGCCAAUGGCACUCUCCCUGGUGCCGAGCGCCUGUACUGGACGCUGGAUGUCGGAGACGUCUGCAUCUGGAGCAUUGUCAGCACCGAGGCCGUCUCUUACACGUUCUACGUCCCGCCCUACGCAACCGAGCCCACGGCACCCAUGUCGCCCUUCCCUGUGGCUCACCGCUUCCUGCCUCCCAACAUGAGCGCAGAGGCUCCUGCGAAGUACAACCACCACUACACUUCAAUGGCAAACGUGCCCCUUGUAACAUUCUACGGCAAGAACUUCUCCAAGAAAUCCGAUGGUACCGCCGCCCACACGGUGUACUACGGCGACCAGCCUGCUGCUCACAACGAAGUGAGGUGUAACGAGGUCAUGGCUGCGGCCGAGCCUCGAGGGCUCCAGCACCCAACACCAAUCUUCCUUGUGCGCGAGGACGGGCAGUGCAUUCUUCCUACCCAGCUCGUGUACCCAUAG